AUGCAACCACAGUUUACUGGCUUUCCGGGCCAGCCGCAGGGCUUUGGACAGCCGCCGCAACCUCAGCAACCGCAGUACACGGGCUUCCCAGGGCAGCAGAACCAGCAAUUCCAGCAGCAGCAGGCUCCCCAGCAAAUGCCCUUCCAAACUGGCGCGCCGCCGCAACAGCAGCAGCAGCAGCAGCAACCGCCUGCUCAGCCCCAACGGCCGCAGCCUACAGGCAUGACAUCGGCGCAGAUGGCUGAUUCAUUCCGGGGCAGCUCUGCGUCUUCAGUACCACCACCUGUCCCUGCCAAGACGACCAAGAUUCCGAACAUACGGCUAUCCUUUAUCACGGCGCAAGACCAGGCCAAGUUUGAGCAGCUGUUCAAGUCGGCUGUUGGGGAUGCCCAGGCUUUGUCUGGAGACCAGGCGCGGGACCUCUUGAUGCGCUCUAAGCUAUCUGGCGAUGCGCUUUCUCACAUCUGGACCUUGUCAGAUACAACCAAGUCCGGUCAGCUCCUGUUUCCUGAAUUCGCGCUCGCCAUGUAUCUUUGCAACCUCAAGUUGACCGGAAAGGACCUGCCCAACUCUCUCCCCGAACGAGUCAAGAACGAGGUCUCUAGCAUGGUGGAUAUCAUAUCGUUUGGGGUCAGCGACGAUUCGUCAAAUCGCCCAACACCAGCAAGCAACGCCCCGAAGUUCAACGAGCCUCCUACAAUCCAGCAGCCGCAGCCGCAGCCCUCGAACAGCCAAUUGUUGAACACUUUAGUCACGCAGCCAACUGGAUAUGGACAACAGCCAAUGGGCAUGCAGCCGCAGCCUACAAGUUUCGGACAGCAACCCACUGGUAUGCAGCCACAGCCCACUGGCUUUGGGCAGGCUCCUGGUGGUUAUAACGGACCACGUCCACCAAUGCCUCCUAUGCCCACUGGAUUCGGAUCAAACCUGGCACCUAACCAGACCGGAAUGGCUCCUCUCAAUGCUCAGCCAACAGGGAUGCCCGGUCAGUGGGGCCUAGCUAACACUCCUGCCACUGGAUUGCCAAACAUCGAAGCUUUGGCGCAGCGGAUGAUGCCUCAGACUGGCCGGGAGGGUGGCAACCACACGACUGCUGGCUUGACGGGUAACGCCACGAUUCCCUGGGCCAUUACAAAAGGAGAGAAGAAGCUGUACGAUGAUACUUUCCGAGCCUGGGAUGGUAUGACCAAAGGUUACAUCAGUGGAGCACAAGCUCUUGAGAUCUUUGAACAGAGUGGACUGCCCAAGCCAGAUUUGGAGCGCAUUUGGACACUCGCCGACUCUGCUGACAGAGGUCGUCUUGAUCUAGACCAGUUCGCGGUUGCCAUGCAUCUGAUCUACCGUAAGCUCAACGGCUAUCCCAUCCCCGCUCGCCUCCCCCCUGAGUUGGUACCACCAUCUACGCGCAACAUCAACGAUUCUAUUGGUGCAAUGAAGAACUUGCUCCGUGGAGAUGCCGAGGAUAGAAAGAACUCUGGUGCUUUUCUUCAGCCUCAGCGCACUGGUGUCAGCUACCUGAAGUCUCACUCGUUCCGUGCUGGUAGCCCGCAAGCCGGUGGCCGAAAGGAUGCUACAGUUUUCCGUAACAAUGACGAUAACGUAGGCUACAAGUCAAGUGCCAGACACCGUCUUGGUGGCGGUGGCCGUUCGCCUUCACCAGCGCAGCCGGCUUCUCCUUCUUCUGAGCGAUCCGACGAAAUGUCCCUUGACCAGCUCAGGAAGUCCGUCAAAGAGAAGCAGAUCCUGUUGGAUGCUAUGGACACACAAGACGAGAACGCAGCUGACGAAGACGAUGCGCUGGAUCGCCGAGACCGCCGAGAAGCUGAGGAUCUCUACCGCCGCAUCCGCAGGGUACAAGAAGAUAUUGAUGCCCAUCCUAAAGCUUCACUUAGAUCGUCUGACUCGGACGCCGAACGUCGUGCUCUGAAGCGCCAACUCCAGACCUUGACUGAUCGCUUACCUGAACUCGCAUCCAAUGUACGCAGGACAGAGCGUGAGAUAGCAGAUGCCCAACUUGAGCUCUUCAGGCUUAAGGAUGCCAAGGCGCAUCCCGGAUCUGCAUCUACUAUUGUGGGUACUGGACCUGGCGGUGCGGUGACUGAAUCAGAUCGCUUGAAAGCCCGCGCCAAGGCUAUGAUGCAAGCACGCUCUGCUGCAUUGACCGGAAGACCUGCUCCUGCUAGCGAUGACACUGGCGCUGCAACUGAGCGCUUGGAGAAGGAAAACUCGCGCAUCCGAGCAGAGAGGGAGAACAAUGAGCGCAUGAUCCGCGAUGUUGAAGAUAGCGUAAAUGAAUACACUAGGGGUCUAGAGUCGAGCUUGAAAGAAGGAGGGCAUGACAACACAAGUGAGCAUGAACGACGCCGAUGGGAGGAGGCUUUGGGUGUAGAAGAUGAUGUCAAGGACUUCAUCUUUGACCUGCAGCGCAGCAGCCGGGCUUCGCGCAUCCGCAAAGACGAUAAGUCCCGCGAUAAUUACAGGGCUCGCUCAGAGGAGAGGCGACCAGCGACAUCUCGCUACGAGAGCCCUGCUGCUCGUGUUGACCCUCCUCCUCGUGCAUCAACAACUACACCCGGUGGUGGCUCGCAUUCGGUAUACAAGACUCCAGAGGAACGUGCGGCCUUCAUCAAGCAACAGGCUGAGCAACGCAUGGCCGAGCGUUUGGCUGCCCUAGGUAUCAAAGCUCCGGUGAAGGCUGGUGAGACACCUCAACAGCGUGCCGAACGUGAGAAGAGAGAGCGUGAAGAGAAGCUGCGUCAGGCUGAAGAGGAGGAUGCACGUCGCGAGGAAGAGCGUCAAAGACGUCUCAACGACGAGUCCGCCUCACCACCUGCUCCAACCAAGAGCAGUGGCAAGAAGCCAGCACCGCCGCCACCAGCUUCGCGCAAGAACAAGGCCGAGGUUGCACAGCAUGAUGUCCAACAAGCGGAAGCAGAGUCGAAGAGGGCAGACAAUGACAUGGCUGAGAAGGCCCUCCGCGAGCAGCAGGAAGCUCAAGAAGCUGAGACAAGGCGCAUGGAGGAGGAGGAGCGCAGACAAGAGGAUGAACUGGCCAGGGAGCGCGAAUCUGCUCAGGCUAGGCUUCGUGCUCUAGAAGAGCAAGUUCAACAAGGCAAACUCAAGAAGGCUGAAGAGAAGAAGCGUAGGGAAGCUGCUUCUAAGGACUCUAAGGAGAAGGAGUCCCGAUUGGCCGCCCAGCGUGCUGAGAUCGAAGCUGCUCGUGAGCGCGAACGUCAGCUACAGAUGCAGCUUGAGGCGCUCGACGAUGACGAAUCCUCGGACGACGAUGGCCCACAAAACAUCACGCCUCAGGACACCACACCUACCGCCAGUCAAGAGUUACCACGUGAUACAGCACCUCCGCAAGCACCAUCAAUUCCCCAGAUCUCGCACAACACACCACCAUCGUCCAUCGCCAGCCCGCCUGCGUCCUCGGUGACUAGUCCUCACCCUGGAUUGGGCGAUACUGAGACCAAGAACCCAUUCUUGAAGAAGAUGGCCAUGUCCAACCAGGAGAACAACACUGUCUCGACACCUCCGCCCCCGCCGAGCAACACGAGCGAGGUGUCUACAAACCCUUUCCACCGUCUUACUCAGGAGCAAGCUAACAAGGCUGCUGCGCCUACGUUCAACGAGCCCGCUGCACCCUCAGCGCGCAGACUAAGACAGGACGAUGAUGACUGGUCCGUUGUCGACUCAGAUGACGACUCAUCCGACGACGAUGAAGCGCCCACCCAAGGCGGAGCCAAGCAGCUGGCAUCCAUGUUGUUCGGUACCAUGGCGCCACCACGCCCACUCUCUUCAAUGGACAACAAGAGCCCACGUGCUGAGAGCCCAGCUGUGACGUCGCCUCCUACAGGCAUCCCACCACCUCCACCAAUGCCAACAGGUGGUGCGCCUCCGCCACCACCAGGCCCGCCGCCGCCACCGGGUGGUGCUGCACCUCCCCCACCCCCAAUGCCUAGCAUGAAGCCUCCAGGUGGAGUGCCGAACCGUGGAGCGUUGCUCGGCGAGAUCACUGCCGGUAAGGGUUUGAGGAAGGUAGAGACUAAGGACAGGAGCACGGCUUCCACUGCUGGACGGGUUUUGGGUUAA